AGCAAUAUAUUAUCUGCAGUAAAUAACGAGAAAUGGCCGAAAAAUAGCAACGCUGGCGGGAGUAGCAGUGGUGAUUUUGAAAGCUGUGGCUGUAUAGCAGGGACCAGUUCGGAAUCGGCGCUGGCGGCAACUUCCAGUGACUCAGUGCUCAGUGGUGAUCUGUUACCCGGUGGUGACACAUGUGAUGCUGAUGGAUGUACAAGACGUGGGCCCGAGCAAAUGAUACCCGAAGAUUUAUCUGGCGUCGAAAAGAUUUUAGCAUCUCUGGAUCAGAUUGCUGCGCUUACUGAUGCUCCUUUCACUGCUGAAAUUAUGGAUUCAUCACGGAUGAAUGCACUUUUGGAAGAUGCGGACCUGAAAACACUGUUACUGGUUAUUAUUUCUUUCCUCAUUUUUUUUGCUUCGUGA